CGACCGAAACCCCAGCACCGUCGAUAAAGGUUUAUUUUGAAACGUAGAUUCAUUUGCCACCGGAAGUGGUGGCUCCGCCGCCUGUGGUUGACGCUGCCGUUAAUGGCGGUGGGGGAGGCGGAGGGUCCUGGCAAGGGGAGCCGAGCGGCUGGAGAACCAGGGCCGUGAAGAGCCCAGCACCGACCACCACACUGGGAAGAGGAGCGUAGAGCGGCGCGUCGAGACCUCGGUAGAGCGGAACAGCGACAGACGCGGAGAAGUACUAACAGUGAUGUGCUGGUCUCCCAAGCCCUCCAGAUGUGCGACCAUGUCCUUCCAGUAACAACAACAGCCUCCUUUCAGGCGUCAUUUUCCCACAAGAUGUCCUCACCGAGAGAUCAUCAGAGUUCCCUAAGGGACACCACGACUCAAAGUGUGACUACUAAAAUAACACCAACAAUCAUCUGCUAGUUCAUUAAAAUGAUAGAUGGCUUGAUUUACCCCACCACUAGCUAUUAAAAUACCCCCUAUUUAAACACAUUUGUACUUAAAAAAAAUGUAGUUGUAAACCCCCCUUCAUAGAGGCCGAUUAUUCUGUAGCUAGCUAGCAGAUAAUUGGCGGUUAACGGCUAACGGCAAGGAGCUAGCGGUGGCGCGCGGAUAGCGUGUAGCUAAGCAGAGAAUGGAGUACCACGCUAGUGGCAGCCUGCCUCUGCUGGCGAGACCUCGCUUCUGCCCCGGGGCUAACGCUAACGGCGCUAAUGGUAACGGAGCUAUCGUUAACGGUGCGGGCACUAGCGGUGGCUACCUCUGCGAGACCGGACACUGCUGUGGAGAGUCGGGCUGCUGUACCUACUACUACGAACUCUGGUGGUUCUGGCUCCUGUGGUCGGCUCUCAUCCUGUUCAGCUGUUGUUGUGCGUACCGCCACCGGCGGGCCAAGCUGCGCGUCCAGCAGCAGCAGAGGCAGACCGACAUCAGCCUGCUGGCCUACCAUGGGGCUACCGCGUACCCGGCCUCCAUGUUGGAUCUGAGUAAGAGUCUGUUCAUUGUGUGUAGCCGGCCUCCAUGUUGGAUCUGAAUAAGACAUGUACCGCGUUCAAAACAACUCAGAACUCCGACAUCAAUCCGUUCUGAAAAAAGAAACAUGGAUGCCUGAAUGAAGUUUGGCAUUGUUUCUCAUUGCUGAAUACGAAACAUAAAAGCCGCAGCAAUAUAUGCUUCUUUUGGAAACGCGUGAAGAAGAGCAGAGACGUAUACUGGCUAGAAGAUUGAAUUGGUCAAAUAGAUUCCAUAUAUUGCUAUAAUCAUAGAGAAAUAUAACGGAUACAAACACAUAUUCAAUAAUCACAAAUCAAACUGUUAAAACAUUGACAAACACCUUCAUAA